GGACAUCAUGACAACAGAGAAGAGCUCGGUGGUUGAAGCUGAGGAUUCUCAGCACCAGCAACAGAAGGAAGAAGGUGAGGGAGCCGCAAAUUCAGGCCAACAAGAAACUCAGCUGGAAGAGGCUUCCCAACCGGCAGCUGAAGGCGCUAAUCAGUGUGAGCCAAAGCUGAGAGCAUCCAAUGGGGACACUCCGACACAUGAAGACUUGACCAAGAACAAGGAACGGACGUCAGAAGGCAGAGGCCUGUCACGACUGCUCUCCUCGUUGCUCAAAAGGCCCAAGUCUCAAGUUUCUGAAGAAGAAGGCAGAGAAGUAGAGUCAGAUAAAGAAAAAGGUGAGGGAGGUCCGAAGGAGAUAGACUUGGGAACCAGCCUUGAUGAAGACAUCAUUUUAAAGGCCCCUAUCGCAGCUCCUGAGCCUGAACUCAAAACAGACCCAUCGUUGGAUCUUCAUUCAUUAAGCAGUAUAGAAACACAGCCAGCUCAGGAGGAACACAGAGAGGAUCCGGAGUCUGAAACGAGGGAAGGAGAAGGGAUUGAGGAGUGUUCCAGGGCAGCCGUGAAGGACGACCCCGAGUCAAAAGCGGAGAGAGAACCCGAGGCUUCGCAGAAGCCGGUCAGGAGGCACCGAGACAUGCACUGCAAGGUCUCUCUGUUGGACGACACCGUUUUUGAGUGUGUGGUGGAGAAACAUGCUAAGGGACAGGAUUUGCUUAAGCGGGUUUGUGAGCACCUCAAUCUGUUGGAGGAAGACUACUUUGGUUUGGCUAUUUGGGAUAAUGCAACCUCUAAGACGUGGCUGGAUUCUGCCAAAGAAAUAAAGAAACAGGUUCGAGGUGUACCUUGGAACUUCACAUUUAAUGUGAAGUUUUAUCCGCCUGACCCAGCACAGCUGACUGAAGACAUAACAAGAUAUUAUUUAUGUCUUCAGCUUCGGCAGGACAUCGUUGCUGGACGGCUACCCUGUUCCUUUGCAACCUUAGCCCUCCUCGGCUCUUACACCGUCCAGUCUGAACUGGGAGACUAUGACCCGGAACUGCAUGGCGUGGAAUAUGUUACUGACUUUAAACUGGCUCCAAAUCAGACCAGGGAACUUGAAGAGAAGGUCAUGGAAUUGCAUAAGUCAUACAGGUCCAUGACUCCAGCUCAGGCCGACUUGGAGUUUCUUGAGAAUGCCAAAAAGUUGUCUAUGUAUGGAGUUGAUCUUCACAAAGCAAAGGACUUGGAGGGAGUGGAUAUCAUCCUAGGAGUCUGCUCUAGUGGCCUUUUGGUUUACAAAGAUAAGUUGAGAAUUAACCGUUUUCCUUGGCCCAAAGUGCUGAAGAUUUCUUACAAACGUAGCAGCUUCUUCAUCAAGAUCCGACCCGGAGAGCAAGAACAGUAUGAAAGUACCAUUGGCUUCAAGCUUCCCAGUUACCGAGCAGCUAAGAAAUUAUGGAAAGUCUGUGUGGAGCAUCACACGUUUUUCAGACUGACUUCUACAGACACCAUUCCCAAAAGUAAAUUUCUUGCCCUGGGUUCUAAAUUUCGAUACAGUGGCCGGACUCAGGCGCAGACCAGACAAGCCAGUGCUCUGAUUGACAGGCCCGCCCCGCACUUUGAGCGGACAGCAAGCAAACGGGCCUCCAGGAGCCUUGAUGGAGCAGCAGCUGCUGAACCCACAGACCGAAGUCCUCGGCCCACCUCUGCACCAGCCAUUGCUCAGAGUCAGGUCACAGAAGGGCCAGGGGCACCUGUUAAAAAAACACAGAAGGAAGCUGCAAAGGUUGAAGUGAAAGGGGAAGAAGAAACACCUGAGCAAGCUGAGCCAGAGCCCACAGAAGCAUGGAAGGUGGAAAAAACCCACAUCGAGGUCACAGUACCUACCUCAAAUGGUGACCAAACACAGAAGCCUGCAGAAAAAGCUGAAGAUCUGAUAAAAAUGAGGAAGAAAAAGAGAGAGAGACUAGAUGGUGAAAACAUUUAUAUCAGACAUAGCAAUUUAAUGUUGGAGGAUUUAGACAAGAGUCAAGAAGAAAUCAAGAAGCAUCACGCCAGCAUCAGUGAGCUGAAAAAGAACUUUAUGGAAUCGGUACCCGAACCACGGCCUAGCGAGUGGGACAAGCGCUUAUCCACACACUCACCCUUCCGAACUCUUAACAUCAAUGGGCAAGUCCCUACUGGAGAUGGAGUGAAGAGAACGUCUGCCCUCCCCUCGGGAAGAAAGGUUGGUGGGCCCGAGACACAGGAGCGUGCUCUGUUAGUACAGGGUGAAGAUAGAACUAAAAGGCCAGAGAGAUCCACUGAAAGAAACUUGCCCCAGCAAGAAAAUGAAGAGAUUGCUCCCAAGGUUUCUAUUCCAAUCCCCGAGGAACACAAGGCUGUCAGAAAGUGCCACCUUUCCUCUCUUGCUUUCCCGUCUCCUCGUGCUCCUUUCCUGAUGUCUUUUCUCCUGGUCCUAGCGCUGGCUGUUUGGUGGCUGAUCUUUCUGUGAUUGGAAAACAGGGUGCUCCUCUGACAUGUCAAGACUAAAACCAUUGAACUCUUGUCUAUGGCUUGAACUGUGUAAUUGCCUAUAUCAUGCCUCUGGUCUUGAUCAUUCACUGUUACAGGGACCUUUUGCGGUCAUGUUUCCUGUCAAUAAUAAAAUGCAAAACUUUGCAGAGCACACUUUGUGAGAAAAAAGGAGUAGCAAUGGAUUGUCCAAGCCAGAGUUCCUGCCCCAAAGUCAAUACACUUAGGCAAAUCAGACUGAGGUGCACGGCAGGUGGUACUCACCGACAAGCUACCCUGCAUGCUCUUCCUGUUGACCAUUGCUGUGACCUCCUUUCCACUGUUUCACAGAGGCUGGGAAACCCUAAAAACAUUGGAUGAACUAUUUUCCCAGUCUUAUAUAGCCAUUUAUGUGGCAUGGGCUCCGUAGUUUUAAGAAGAAAUUCAACUUCCCAACCUUUCAAAAGCCUUAAAAUGGUAGUUUGAAUCCAAGAAUCCAUAACCACUCCUUUUCUUAGAGUAUUGUAUCCGUGCAUACAAAGGCCUUUUCUGGAAGGGGCUGUGACACCUGCAGCCUUUUUGUCAGUGUUUAUGAGCUGCACAGGAGACAACUGUAUCCUACCUGGUGUACAGAAGAAUCACACAGAGGUUAAAUGCUGUCUUUUCAUAUGUAGAGUUGAUUUAGUUUAGGGAAAUGGUGCUGGUGUCCCUUGGCUUCCAGCCAGGGCUGAAAAUUUCAGACUACCUACCUUUUAAAGUCCUGGAGUACAGAUUAACUCAAGAUCUGUAUGUAAACACACUUUUCUCUAAAUUAAAAUACUAUUAUUUCCUUAUGGCUUAAGUAAUUAUUGUUAGGAGCUAUGUUUAGCUGUUAUAAUAAGCUUAAAAGAUACGUUAAUUCCUUAUACUUCAGACAUGUUCUCAUACAUGUGUUGAAAUCAAUUGUUUCUAAUCAAUCACCUUGAUAGCUACGCUUCUGUUGUGACAUGCGUGCAGUUUGCAUGUUGAUUAUGAGGCUUCCCUGAAGUAACGGUGAGCACGCCCUCCUCAGAGCACCGCUUGGAAGCCUAAACUGGCGGGCUUUCACCUUACCAUUAACCUCGCAUGAUGUCGCUUGCUUUCUGUGGCGUUUGAACGCCUCAGUCUGGACAAAUUGUUAACUUUGCAAACUCCGUUUUGGACUGAGUUGCUAGGGUCGUCGCGUUGAGACUGUUAUAUUUUGUAUUACUUCUUAGUGCUUUUGGUUAGUGAACUAUUUCUAAAGAUGGCUUUGCCUUUGAAACGAUGGAGGGGGCGGGAGGAAGAGAGAGAGAAAAAGCAAAACCAAGGUUUUUGUUGUUCUUCAGUGUUCACUAGUAUUGAUUGGAUGUCUUCACAGACGACGUGAUUAUCAGAUAUCUACUGAAAACCACUAUUACUGUCAUUAUUGGAGUUUAAAAAAAAAACUGGAGAAAGAAACAAGGACCAGGCUAGAUUUAAACAAAACAAAACAAAAUUGAAUAUAUAUGGUUUGUGUCACAAGUUGUUAUGUCUAUUUAUAACAGAUAUUUUGUAAAUAAGCAUAUUUAUUGAUUCACUCAUAAGAAAAGAUUGCAAAGCCACCUGAGGUACUGCAAAACUGCUUUGCGGGGAGAUCUGAUAAUCCUAAGUAUGAAACAGAUGUUAAGAUUUCCUUAAUGAAAUAACAAAUGAAACUAGCGUUGGUUAUGUUACUGUAAGUCUUUUUUUAGGAAUUAAAAGAAAAAUAAUCUUAAAAUUUUAUCAGUACUUUUGUAACUUUCAAAUUAUAUUUCCUAAAGUUCCAGUUUUCAUCAUUGUACACAACUUUUUAUUAAUUAUUGUAAACAUCACCCUGAAUUUUGUUUCCUUUUAUAUUGGAAUUAUUUCAACUCCAUUAAAAAUUUAGUGUGGGCCAACGGUGCUGUUCUGUGAUCUGAAGUAUAGCAAGGAUCCCUAGAGAUCUUUGCUGUCAAAGAAGCCGUUUCUCCCUAGUAAAGCUGCUAAGAGCAGGGUGCCAAGCCCUUAUAUUGAACAAAACUGACGAACAUGGCUCAAAAGAUAGAUCUGUCAUAGUUCUCAGGACACGCGUCCUCUUCCAGCCCUGUGUGAUCUCAGGUUAAUGCUGCCAGUAUUUGUAACAUGAGGCUGCAGACAGCAUUGCUUCCUUUCCCCCACUUCACUCCGUUCUCAGUACCACAGGCAUUCCAAUUGCUGGAUAUCCCUUUACCCUGGACCGGCUUCUUAAUGGCAGAUCCAGAAGUAAUUUGGACUAAGGAUAUCUAUACUGACCUGUGUAAAGUCUGGGGUUUUUGCCUUGUUGUCCUGUGGGUCAUUUCAGGAGUGACUUUUAAGGGAGUCACUUAACCAUUUGGUGCCCAUAUUUCCAGCUAGCUCCUUACCUAAAUCUACCUCAUGAGGACGAACCUCAGCAGGUUUCAGGAAGUGAUGCCGGUUCUGUCCUCAGUCUUUGAUGUGCUAGGAAGAUAAAAUUCAAGGAAAAGACAAUCACAUACGAACCUCUUGAGAGUCUUCUUUCUGGAAGUAAGCAAAUAUCCAUGUUUGUUUCCGUCUGCUUCUGGUUGGUAUUUGACCAAGCACUUAAAACUAGUGAAGUUAAAAAUGCCGUUCCAAAUUUAUCCGCCUCUCAAUAAAUUCAAAUGGUAUUCUUCGAGUAGAGCAUGCUUGGGAAUAAGUCCAGCUUCUGUAUUUCAGACCUGUAUUUCAGCUGUUUGCUUAUGGCUAGCAUUUGUAGUAUGAAGUAUUACAACUUUGUUUACAUUGUUAGCAAAAAUUUGAAGGGGACUGCCUGUUGAUCAAGGGUAAAAUCUGGAACUAUCCUACUGUCAUCGAAGAACUUAGGGCUUCUUAAGUCACUUCUCUGGAUAAACCCACGGGGCAGUCUAUGCCUUCGAGAUCCAGUUGUUUUUAGAGUUUACUACCAAGAAGAAUGUAUACUUACAUUUCGCCCAGUGGCCAUUUAUUUAGAAAGGACAAAGCCACAAUGAACUGCUGCCCCACUGUUGCUCCACAGAAUCUACACAGCUGCCCUCCUUCUCUUUUACACUUCAUACAGAUGAUCAACCCUGAACUUCACAGUGUUCUCCACAUAGAAUACUCGCUUGUUUAUUGCACCCUAACUACCCGUCCCCAUCGUUUGUGACCCCCGAGCCAGUGUUUUGUCUGCUCUGUGGGACUCCGUCAGCCGCCUCCCCUGCACCCCUCUGUAGCAUGAGUGAGCCUCUCUCCUGCUUGCCACUGUCAACCGCUCACGCCUUAGGAUCCCCAUGCACUGCUGCAGAUGGAGAACCCCCUGGUGCUGGGCUAGGCGGAGGCAACUGAGUGGUGGUGAAGGUCUGCACUUGGGUUAGACUAGGAGAGGACAACGGUGACGGUGAUCUCCCGGGGUUAAAUUCAGGGGGGUUUUACUUGAUAAAUUCCUACCGCCACUGCACCUUAUUUCCACAGGUCAGACAUAGAGGCUAAAAAUGAAGUAACUUUAAUAAUCGUUUAACUGUGUGAAUAGAUGGCAGCUUAUUGAAACAUUUUUCCUCAUCUUUUGUGACCGAUAUUCUAGGUGGUUACCAUGUCCUUUCAUUUACCAUAGUUAAAGUCCUCUUUGGGAGAAAUAACAGCUAAGUCUAAGAUUUAAAAGAGCAAAGGGUGUAGAACCCCAGCUAUGUUUUCUGGUCCCCAGAUCAACAAACAGCCUCGUGUUUCCUUCUCUGCUGUCUCUAAAGAAAAGGGGGCUUAGCUCAUCACAGAAUGUGUGCUUAACAUUCAGGAGGCCCUGGUUUGAUCCCUAGGACAGUGAGAAACGGAGAGAGAACUGGGUGGUGGGAGGAGGAAGGGAAAGAGAAAUGAAGGGGACAUGAGUACUCCCUGCACUCUUCUGUGCAGUGCAAGGAUGCAGAAAGAUAGCAUCUCCAGAUUUUAGGGUCUGACAAGAUCUUAAUUCAGCCCCCUCCCCUCCAGCAUUUGACUCUCUGGUGCACUGUCAUUCAGAGGUUUAGAAACUAGCCUAGCAGCUUGUGCCUCAGUAUCUCCCAAGAUAGAUGAUCGCGUUUUUUGGACAGCCGAGAGUUUGUAUAAGUCAGUCUUGUAUUAAGUCACGGUGUUUCUCCACAGCUUAGUUUAUCGAUUUCAAAUGCAGGAAUUGUAAAGAAUUUCUUAUUAAGAGUGGGGUGCGGUUGUGCAGAGCCGGUAAUGCAGACAUUCAGGAGCCUGAAGCAGGGUUGCCCGAUGAGGCCAGACUAGUUACCAUAGGGAGA